UCCAGAGUCACUUCCUGUAGAGGAUGUGUCUGGCAUGGAGUCUCCAGCGCUGGAUGAUGAUAUCUGUAUCCUGAAGCACGAGACGGCGUACGUCUCGCCCGAGAGCCCCGUGUCCGCGUGCGCCGGAGACGAGUCGGUGGCGUCUCACUUCGCUCUGGUCACCGCCUACGAGGACAUCAAGAAGAGACUCCGAGACACGGAGAAGGAGAACGGCCUGCUGCGCCGGAGAGUCAAGCAGCUGGAGGACAAGGUCUUACUCUCAAGCUGUCAUUUCCGUCCUGAAGCGCCUCCGUCUGAAGGACCGCAGUACAUGAACAAAGCCUUCAGCGCGUACCGCGGCAUCUACAUCGAGAAGGAGGACUUACAGAUGGAGCUCAAUAAAGUGAAAAAGGAGAAGCUGGAUUUAGAGAGGCUUCUGAAGGAGCAGCUGCAGGCCAAAGAACUGGAGCUGCUGCAGCUCAGAUCGGAGAUGGACACGAGCCAAGUGAUGAAGAGUCUGACGGAUACGGCAGAUUACUGGCAGGUGGACAAACACAGCAGUGAAAUGCAGAUCCACUCGCUGCAGGAGCAGCUGGACCGCUUACAGAUAGAGAAUGAUGCGCUGCACAAGCUCUGCAGGGCCGGACAGGUGCGUCACAACCUCUGCGCUAGACUUGUGUUACACACGUGCUACAUCCUCGCUACACCCCCGCUACAUCUGCAUUACACCUGCACUAUACCUGCCCUACACCUGCGCUACACCUGCGCUACACCCCCGCUACACCCCCGCUACAUCUGCAUUACACCUGCACUAUACCUGCCCAACACCUGCGCUACAUCUGCACUAGUCCUGCGCUACACCCCCGCUACAUCUGCAUUACACCUGCACUAUACCUGCCCAACACCUGCGCUACAUCUGCACUACUCCUGCGCUACACCCCCGCUACAUCUGCACUAUACCUGUCCUACACCUGCA